CAAAGCAGUGGUACGGCUGCUGCACUCGUGUUUGCUACCUCUAGAAACAUUCUUGCCAGUAGUGGCGGCAGCGGGACUCAAUUACCCCCUUUUUUCACUCUCUCCAGAAGCUCCAGAUGGCGUCUUCCGUGGGCAACGUGGCCGACAGCACAGAACCAACGAAACGUAUGCUUUCCUUCCAAGGGUUAGCUGAGUUGGCACAUCGAGAAUAUCAGGCAGGAGAUUUUGAGACAGCUGAGAGACACUGCAUGCAGCUCUGGAGACAAGAGCCAGGCAAUACUGGUGUACUUUUAUUACUUUCAUCUAUACACUUCCAGUGUCGAAGGCUGGACAGAUCUGCCCACUUUAGUACUCUGGCAAUUAAACAGAACCCUCUUCUGGCAGAAGCCUAUUCGAAUUUGGGGAAUGUGUACAAGGAAAGAGGACAGUUGCAGGAAGCAACUGAGCAUUACCGGCAUGCAUUGCGUCUCAAACCAGAUUUCAUCGAUGGUUAUAUUAACCUGGCAGCCGCAUUGGUAGCAGCAGGCGACAUGGAAGGGGCAGUACAAGCUUACGUCUCUGCUCUUCAGUACAAUCCUUCUUUGUACUGUGUUCGCAGUGACCUGGGGAACCUGCUCAAAGCCCUGGGUGGCUUAGAAGAAGCCAAGGCAUGUUAUUUGAAAGCAAUUGAGACGCAACCGAACUUUGCAGUAGCUUGGAGUAAUCUUGGCUGUGUUUUCAAUGCGCAAGGGGAGAUUUGGCUUGCAAUUCAUCACUUUGAAAAGGCUGUCACCCUUGACCCCAAUUUUCUGGAUGCUUAUAUCAAUUUAGGAAAUGUCUUCAAUGAGGCACGGAUUUUUGACAGAGCUGUGGCAGCUUACCUUCGUGCCCUAAGCUUGAGUCCAAAUCAUGCAGUGGUACAUGGCAACCUGGCUUGUGUAUACUAUGAGCAAGGCCUGAUGGAUCUGGCAAUAGACACCUACAGGCGAGCUAUUGAAUUGCAACCACAUUUCCCUGAUGCUUACUGCAACCUAGGAAACGCUCUCAAAGAGAAGGGCAGUGUUGCUGAAGCAGAAGAUUGUUAUCAUACAGCUCUCCGGCUGUGUCCCACCCAUGCAGACUCUCUGAAUAACCUAGCCAAUAUCAAAGGAGAACAGGGAAACCGUGAAGAGGCAGUUCGCUUGUAUCGUAAAGCAUUAGAGCUCUGCCCAGACUUUGCUGAUGCCCAUUCAAAUUUAGCAAGUGUAUUGAAGCAGCAGGGAAAACUGCACGAAGCUCUGAUGCAUUAUAAGGAGGCUAUUCGAAUCAGUCCUACCUUUGCUGAUGCCUACUGUAAUAUGGGAAACACCCUACGGGAGAUGCAGGAUGUUCAGGGAGCCUUGCAGUGUUAUACUCGUGCCGUUCAGAUCAGCCCUGCAUUUGCGGAUGCCCACAGCAAUCUGGCUUCCAUUCACCACGAUUCAGGGAAUAUUCCAGAAGCAAUUGCUUCUUAUCGCACUGUUCUGAAGCUUCAACCUGACUUUCCUGACGCUUAUUGUAAUUUGGCUCAUUGCCUGCAGGUUGUCUGUGAUUGGACAGACUAUGAUGAGCGAAUGAAGAAGUUGGUCAGCAUUGUGGCUGACCAGUUGGAGAAGAAUAGGUUGCCUUCUGUGCAGCCUCAUCAUAGUAUGCUCUAUCCUCUUUCUCAUGGCUUCAGGAAGGCUAUUGCUGAGAGGCAUGGGAACCUCUGCUUGACUAAUAUAAGUGUCCUUCAUAAACCACCGUAUGAACAUCCAAAAGACUUGAAGCUCAGUGAUGGUCGACUGCGUGUAGGAUACGUGAGUUCUGACUUUGGGAAUCAUCCUACUUCUCAUCUUAUGCAGUCUAUUCCAGGCAUGCACAAUCCUGAUAAAUUUGAGAUAUUCUGUUAUGCCCUGAGCCCACAUGAUGGCACAAACUUCCGAGCGAAGGUGAUGGCAGAAGCCAAUCAUUUCAUUGAUCUUUCUCAGAUUCCAUGCAAUGGGAAAGCAGCUGAUCGCAUCCAUCAAGAUGGUAUACAUAUCCUUGUAAAUCUGAAUGGUUAUACCAGGGGUGCUCGAAAUGAACUCUUUGCUCUCAGGCCAGCUCCUAUUCAGGCAAUGUGGCUGGGGUACCCUGGGACUAGUGGCGCACUUUUCAUGGAUUAUAUCAUCACUGAUCAGGAAACUUCACCUGCUGAAGUUGCUGAGCAGUAUUCUGAGAAACUGGCUUAUAUGCCCCAUACUUUCUUUAUUGGUGAUCAUGCUAAUAUGUUCCCUCACCUGAAGAAAAAAGCCGUCAUCGAUUUUAAGUCCAAUGGGCACAUUUAUGACAAUCGGAUUGUGCUGAAUGGCAUCGACCUCCAAGCGUUUCUUGAUAGUCUAUCAGAUGUGCAAAUAGUCAAGAUGAAAUGUCCUGAUGGAGAAGACAACGCAGACAGCAGUAAUACAACUCUUAAUAUGCCUGUCAUUCCUAUGAAUACUGUUGCAGAAGCAGUUAUUGAAAUGAUUAACAGAGGACAAAUUCAGGUUACAAUUAAUGGAUUCAGUAUUAGCAAUGGACUGGCAACUACCCUGAUCAACACUAAGGCUGCCACUGGAGAGGAGGUUCCCCGUACCAUUAUUGUAACCACACGUUCUCAGUACGGGUUACCGGAAGAUGCCAUUGUGUACUGUAACUUUAAUCAGUUGUACAAACUUGACCCAUCUACUUUGCAGAUGUGGGCAAAUAUUCUGAAGCGUGUUCCCAAUAGUGUACUGUGGCUGUUGUGUUUUCCAGCAGCAGGAGAAGCUAAUAUUCAACAGUACGCACAAAAUAUGGGCCUUCCCCCGAACCGUAUCAUUUUUUCCCCUGUUGCUCCUAAAGAGGAACAUGUUCGGAGAGGCCAGCUGGCUGAUGUCUGCUUGGACACUCCACUCUGUAAUGGACACACCACAGGGAUGGACGUCCUUUGGGCAGGGACCCCCAUGGUGACUCUGCCAGGAGAGACUCUUGCUUCCCGAGUUGCAGCUUCCCAGCUCACUUGUUUAGGCUGUCUUGAGCUGAUUGCUAAAAAUAGACAAGAAUAUGAAGAGAUAGCUGUGAAACUGGGAACUGAUGUAGAAUACCUGAAGAAAAUUCGUGGCAAAGUCUGGAAGCAGAGAACAUCUAGCCCUCUGUUCAACACCAAACAAUACACGAUGGAACUAGAGCGGCUCUAUCUACAGAUGUGGGAGCACUAUGCAGCUGGCAACAAACCUGAUCACAUGAUUAAGCCUGUUGAAGUCACUGAGUCGGCCUAAAUAAUGACUGUGUGCCCAGGAGAAUUACCCCUGUAGCUGAGCCUCAGCCUUCUGGGGGAAAGGGAACUACUUUUUCAAUAUCAUGUUGCAGAUGGGUGACACACAAUGAUAAGAAAUAGCACAGCCAGACUUGCUUCCUGCAUGAUCAUGACAGGGAGAGACACAAGAGAUGGGAAACUGCUGUUCCACAAGGAGAUUCCAUCGAAUUUUGCCGCAGCCAGGUGUCUGGAAGGUCUGGAAGGUGAGUCCUGUUCUUCCUUUUUCUUUCAGCAGAAAUGAAAUUCCAGGUAAGUAUAAGUAUUCAAAUAUUUGAUCAGUAAUUCACAGUUAUC